AUGUCCAUUAGCACUACGGAAUUGAAUGAAGGCUCAGUUGAUAGAAGUAUGCGUACUGCUCAAGCGAGACCAGAGGAACAUCGUCAUGUCCACAGGUCGGAAGUUGCGCUUGCCCGCAAUGCCAACGUCUUCAUAUGGCGGCAAGGUCCAGAAGCCAAGCUCAUCGCAUGCUUCAAUGCGGACGUCACCCAAGUUGCAGCGGAGACUUUACUUCACUGGAUCGGCAUGCCGAUUGCGCUGAUCCGGAGUGGUGAAAUCACCCUAAAUAGAAUCAGAUUGGAACACCAAGGGAAUUUCGAAUACGAGCUGGUCCCGCUCUCUCUUUUGGAGACCUCGGAAGUACUCCAGGCAGGAUCUCGUAGACCACGAGCUAUACUUCCGCCACCAGGUGUUAAAACGUUCAAGCAAAUCCGAGAAGAAAUUUAUCAGGAAAUGGAAACAACUCCAACGGAAGAUUAUCCGAACGGUCGCCGCAAGUGGUAUGAGCUUGAAGCGAGUCCCCUUAUGCUACGUAUUUGUUAUCAUCACCAUGUCCAGGACGAUGUCCGCGCCGAGGUCAAAAUACCACACAAUCAAUGCAUCUUCACUGGGUUCACGUCAAGUGACACCAUUGUGCAGUGUAAGGCGGACGGAGGCGACACCGUUGCUCAGGAUGUAACAGACGAGAGGGGUGCCCCCGCCGGACCCACUACCGUGGCCGUUGCUGGAUCUGCACGCCCUGCCUACUCGGAGAGCGUGGACCUUCGCUGGAUUCUCCCUACAGACAUGCGCGAUGAGAAUGGGGCGCCUCUCUUUCCACGGCGGGUGCACAUCGAUUCAAUACCGCUGACCGUAGCGGCAAAUGUUUUACCUAUGUGCGAUACCGUGCAUGAUCUAUGGUUUGCCAAUGAGUUCAGCGUCGACGUCGAUGAGGGGUACCGUAUCUACACCUUCACCGAUGCCGCAGCGAAGGCGGGCCUGCCUGAGAGACUCAGCCUGCCCGCAGAGGAAGUCGCAUCUCAGCUCCAUGACAUAUACUUCCGUGAACAUCUGCUGCACACGCGCUUGAUGCGUGUUCACGGUGGAGCCGUUCCCGGAGUAUGGAGGGUUGACGAGAACGCUUGGGAGUGGUAUGACGAGGAAGAACCGGAGGUAGACUCAGUCACUGAUGCCAUGACGGGGCUGCAGAUAGCUGAGGAUAAUGGAAUGCCUGAAUGGGCAUUGGAACGUAAUGCCAAUGUCUUCGUAUGGUGGCCGACGGGCCGCCUCAUUGCAUGCUUCAAUGAUGCCGUUACUCCAGUCACAGUGCAGACGCUACUUCGCUGGUUAGGUAUACCACCCUCGGACGAUGACGAGACUGUCAUCAUCAAACGGGUUUGGCUAGAACACCUCGAUGUUACCGAAUAUGCUCCGGAACCGCCACUAGAUUCGAAGCCGUUGGAAAGCACUUCUAUCCUUACUAAAGGAGUGUACGACUGUUUUGUGCAAGACCCGAUCGACCGGACCCGAAUGCCGAAAACGACCCCUUGGGAACCUAUUGACCCUGCGGGUACAUUGAAGUUGCUUCAAGACACCAAGAUAGAUCAGCUCAGUCUAUAUGACGAUGAAGCUGGCACCCAGGUGGCCAAGUAUGUUCAAAACAUGAAGAUCCCGAACGUCACCCGUGAAGCAUUCAGAGGGCCGCGUAAUAUAUGCGCUUUUACCGGAUCCGUCAGCGGUGGCGAGAACGGGGCCGUCGAUCUUCACUGGAUUUUCCCGCCAUAUAUGUUCGAAAAGGUUCGAACGGGUCCUAGGCGCUCCGCGGAAUUACAAUCUGGAUCGUUACCGCAUCGCGAUAUCCGUACCUUCACUCGGGCGGCAGUCGACAUAGGCCUUCCUGAGCGGCUGUCUGCUAAGCCGGAAGAACUCGAGCUGUCGGAAAGGUUUUUCCGCGAGCAUUUCUUCCACACGACGUUGGCCUGGUUCAGAGGUGGAGACAUCCAUAAGCAGGACGACAUUCGAGACGUCAAAGCUGCAGUUAUUUUUCACAUCCACGACUUGAGGGACUAUGGGGCGCUAUUUGACCCCAACGACGAGAUAUGGAAGAGCGAAGUUGGUCAGGAUGCCUUCAAGCUACUUGGCCCGGAGGAAAUGCAGUCGGAUAGCUCUCGCGUUAGUAAGGGAACAGCGGCGCAGCAGUUGGAGAGGGUGAAGCUUGAAGUAUUCGAUAGCUGCCCAGACUGA